AUGAUGAAAUUCAUUGUCUCCUCUUAUUUUCUACUCGUAUUUUCAGUGGAAUUCGGGAAUUCCGGUGAGACUUGGAAAAAUUCUCAAUAGAGCGCAUUUGACUAUUUUGAACCGGAAAAACUCUAAAUUUUCAGAAAAACUAUGUGAUGAGAUCUCGAGAGUCCCCCUUCACUCACAAGAUUCUUGCAACUCGAGCCAAAUCCAAAAAACGCCGUGUCAAAAUUCCAAAAAUCAACUCGGCUCUUGCAUUUCCGGACAUUGUUGUCCAAAUUAUCGCAACAAUUUCAAAACCAAUAAAAAAUGCGACGAAAAUGUGAAACUCGAUGGGAAAUUUGAGAAAAGUUAUUGUAAACACGGAUUUAUUUAUGUUGUUGGAUCGGAAAAUGAGGAAUUUGCAAAUGGCAGUUUGGCUAACUCGAAAUCUUGUGAUUUGAAUAAGGAUUGUGGAAAUGGAUAUUGUUUGAAUUUUGAAAAUCGAUCAAUUUGCAUGGAGAAGAAGUUUAUUACGAAAUUUGAUAUUGCAGAGGAAGCUGAGGUAAUUUUAGUGCCUGAGAAUCCCAAAAAAAUUGAUUUUGUUUGCAGGAAGCCACCAGCAAUCUUUGGAGUACAGUUGUAGCUGGUUCAGUUGUUGGAAUUGCCAUCGCCGUCUUCAUCGGCGUUGUGAUUCUCAUAAUUUGCAUGAAAAUUGCCAAAAUUUUUAUUUGUAUCGCGGUUGUUGUUCUACUCGUUGUGAUUGGAAUUGUAGUUGGACUAUAUUUGACAGUAUUCCGUUUUUAG